AUGACGCUAGUGGUAGAGAAUAGCUCAUUGAUUGACCUGGAUGUCAAUCAAGGUGCUGUCCUGUCUGUGCCCUCUCCUGACAAUUUGAUCAUGCAGCUGGACUCCAAAGAAGUCCUUGGUUUCACUGACAAUAGUCCAGGUUUCCAGAAACUGGUGCACAAAGAUGCCGGUUAUCCCCUUCCCAGGGGCAGAGUUCUGAAGGAGCACAGAGGUGCCGUGUCCUGCAUCAAGACUAAUAAGAACGACAAAGAGGGUGUCACAGCCAGCCUGGACGGAACGUGCGUCAUCUGGGAUCUUGAGCGUUACGUGAGAAAACAAAUGAUCCUGGACAACACAUUGUUCAAAUGCGUGUGUUACCAUCGCGGAGAGUACCAGAUCAUCACCAGUGGAACGGACAGAAAGAUUGUGUACUGGGAAGUGCUCGAUGGCUCCGCAAUCAGAGAAGUGCAAGGCUCUCUGUCGAGCUCCAUCAACGGGAUGGACAUCACAUCGGACGGGGCGUCCUUUGUCACAGGUGGUGACGACCAUCUGGUGGAGCUGUGGGACUAUAAGGAGGGCACGGUGACUCACGUGGGAGUGGGCCACAGCGGCAACAUCACCCGCCUCAAGAUCUGCCCCGCGAACAAGUACAUGGUGAGCGUGAGCGCGGACGGUGCCGUACUCAUCUGGAAACAGCCCAGCUCGGGCUGA